AUGUUCGCUAAUCAAUUACGUUCUAAUAUUACUAAAUCAAUCAAUAUGUCUUCCAAGAGAUUAUCUUCUUCAAUUGUUCCAGUAAGUAAUGAAGCAAGCAUGUGAUCCGUAAAUCAAAUACUAACUUUUCAGGUUAAAACUGCCAAUGCCCCACCACCAGCAGCUUCUUAUUCACAAGCUAUUAAGGUCAAUGGUAUGUAUUUUAUAGUAUUAAAGGACGAUACUCCAACCUGGAGUUGA